AUGGUACCUCGUGUCUUAUUUGUCCUGCUAAUGUACUAUACAUGUAAAGUUGUACUUAAUAUCAUGGAUAACAUAAAAGAGAAAGUUCGUGCACGCAUCAAGGAUGCUUCAAAAAUUCAAGCUCCAAAGAGUCGUGGCAGCCCCACCAAGACCAAGACCAAGACCAAGACCAAAAAGAGUACUGAGGUGAAGCGCAAGGGCUGCCCCCUCGACGCUGAUAAGAGCUUGCCAUCAUUAGUUCUUGAUGCUGAGAUCAAUGGACAAAAAGAAAGGAAAACAUUGCUUAUCACAGUGAAAGUACAAGGAUGCAUAACAGAAGCUUCAGAAAUUGGUGCAAAGAGUAUUCAGACCGAGUCCAAAGCACACGGAAGCCCCACCAAAACCAAGCCCAAGAAGAGCACCGAGGUGAAGCCCAAGGGCUGCCCCCUCGAUGAAGAUAAGAGCUUGUCAUCAGUAGUUCCUGAUAAUGAGGUAGCAGAGCUUAAGGAUGUCCAUUCUAAAUCAAAGCGCAAGGAGAGCACUCUGAAGGACAGCCCGACCAAGGGCAAGCCCAAGGGCAUCCCUAAGACGAAGCCCAAGGGCAGCCCUAAGAUCAAGCCCAAGUGCAGCCCCACCAAGGACAAGCCCAAGUACGACCUCUCUAACUCGAAGGCCAUGGAAAGUCCUCAUAAGUACAGAGCUGCUGGAGCUGGAAGUCUAAAGAAGUUCAAACCUAGUGGAAGUCCUAGUAAGGUUAAGCCCUCCGGAAGCCCUCCCAUGGCAGAUCCAAUGAGCGGUUCCUCAGAGUUCAAGGAAACAGAUAGGCCUUCGAAGUCUAAGAGAACUACAUCAGCAGUUAUAACUGACCUUGCACAGAGUGCUGAGGAGAAGGUGAAGCUUGCGACAGAUAGUGCUGAGGACAGGGUGAAACUUGCGAAGAGAAUUGUAGCUGUCUUUAAGGAUGUAGCCUCAGUAGCUGGAAGUAUUUCUGCCAGAGCAAUUAUUAUUAAGACUAACUAUGAGAAACUUAGGGAUUUGGUAAAAGAUCUGAAGCAUAACAAGAAUAAGGAAAUGGACACAAAGACUGAAAUAGAUGAAGCUCAAGCAGUGGAGUCCCAUGCCGAAGAGAAGACCGACUCGACUGGCGUAACAGAUGCUUCUAAGAAUGACUCUGAUACUGAAAAGGUCAACUCAAAUACAGAAGUGGAUGCAAAGUCGGUGCAAACAGUGGAUUCUCCUGAGGAAGAAGCAAAGACUGAGUCAUCUUCCUUGGAGGAGGAUGAUGCUGAAGAUUAUGAAGGCAAUCCAGCUGCUGCUCCAGAUGCUUCUCAAGAUGAGGGUGAUACAGAAGAGACCAUUGACGAUACUCACAAUAAAGUGCAAACUUGGUGGGAGGUACUGCAGAACAUAAUCUACGAAAACUAGCAACGCAACAUCAAAAGCUACUCCCGUUCCAGGUCCAAAAUAGCAGUCUGCGAAUGACAAGAAAUACUGCCAGUAUUAGGUGUAGAUAAUAGAUGAGAAAUUGCCAGUGGGUGGCACUAUCGCUGAAAUAACAUUUGGUGUAUUUUGUAACAGGAAUUCUGAGGGACCAACUGCAGUUAGAA